AUGGUUACUCCUCAGCGCCUGUCCACCUGCAGUAGGGUGCGAGACCGACCGGGACAAUAUUCUCUCGCAUCGCUCAGCGGAACGCUGCAACCGACAGCACGUCUCGCAGGAAUUAUCUCCACGUUUGUGAAUAACAAACAUCUGCCUCCUCUGCUUGUGGCCAAAAUGAAAACCGGCUGCGCGAUUCUUGUGGCGUGUGCCUUAGUUGUGGGCACCUCUUUGGGGAGUCACGGAAACGCUCCAUGCAGACCAGGUUUCUCCCAGAGUUUCUACACCGUAUUUGUCCCCAGGGGUGUGCUGCAAGGCCUGAACAAUCACAAAGAUACCCUGCUGUCAUCUGGCCAUGUGAAGUUCAAAACCUGUCAGCAAAAAGAGGAGGUUUCUUUUGAGAGCAGUGACCCAAAGUUCAGUGUUGGGCCGGAUGGCUCUCUUUAUGCAGAGCAAGAUGUGACAACUCUAACUGAACCGAUCCAGUUCAUGGUGACGGCCAGAGACAGCGUGGGCAAGUAUAUCUGGGAGACCACUGUUAAACUGGCCCUCGCCGGACACCCGCCAUCACCUCAUAAUAACCAGUUUGCUGGGGAUGGUGUUUAUGGCGGAUCCUCCCACAACCACUAUCAAAAUCCCAGGCUCAUUACAUUUCCACGACAACACCAGCGUGGCUCAUCCAAUGGGCUGCGGCGACAGAAGAGAGACUGGGUCAUUCCGCCAAUCAAUGUGCCUGAAAACUCCAGAGGACCCUUCCCUCAAGUUCUCGUCAGGAACGGGAGAAUGUCUGUCACUAAACCUUUGGACAGAGAGGAGAGAGCCUCCUACCAUCUCAGAGCCCAUGCAGUGGAUAUUAACGGAAACCAAAUGGAGCCUCCUAUUGAUCUGUACAUUUAUGUCAUUGACAUGAAUGACAACAGACCUGAGUUUAAGAACCAGGUCUACAACGGAUCAGUUGCUGAAAUGUCCAAACCAGGCACUUCUGUAAUGCAGGUAACGGCCUUUGACGCAGAUGACAGCAUCACGGCAAAUGGGCUAGUGCACUAUCGCAUCCUGAGCCAGACGCCGCACAUCCCCAUUCCUAACAUGUUUACUAUUAACGGAGCCACGGGAGAGAUCAGCACCAUCGCUUCAGGCAUCGACAGAGAGAAAGUGUCUCAGUACACCAUCAUAGUUCAGGCCACUGAUAUGGAGGGCAGCCUGAACUUCGGCCUGUCCAACACCGCCACGGCCCUCAUUAGCAUUGCUGACAUCAACGACAACCCUCCGGAGCUGGACUCUAAAACAUUCCAAGGAGAGGUCCCGGAAAACGCUGUGGGUGUGGUGGUGGCCAAUUUGACAGUCAGAGACAAGGAUCAGCCUCAUACACCCAAUUGGAAUGCCGUCUAUAGGAUUACAGGAGGAGAUCAAAUGGGCCAUUUCGCCAUACGCACCGAUGAGAUCACUAAUGACGGCAGGGUCAUAGUGGUUAAGCCGAUCGACUAUGAGAGGAACAACGCCUUCACGCUGAUGGUGGUGGUCUCAAACCAAGCUCACUUGGCCAGCGGGAUCCCCUCCUCACCGUCCUCCUCUGCUGCUGUUGCAAUCACAGUACUGGAUAUCAACGAGGCCCCCGUCUUCCCAUCCAACCCUAAAAUCAUCCGUUUUGAAGAGGGAGUGCCUGCUGACACAACCCUCGCUACUUUCGCCGCACUUGAUCCAGACCGCUUCAUCCAGCAGACUAUCAGGUACUCCAAACUGUCAGAUCCAGCCAACUGGCUGAAAAUCAACAGGACCAAUGGAAGGAUCACCACCACAGCGGUGCUGGACCGUGAAUCGCCGUAUAUGAAGAAAAAUGUAUAUGAAGCAACCUUUUUGGCCGUGGACAACGGUUCCCCUCCUGCCACAGGAACCGGUACUCUCCAGAUUUAUUUGAUAGAUGUGAACGACAACAUGCCUGUCCUAGUUCCUCAAGAGACUCUGGUCUGCGAGAGGUCACGACACGGGUAUCCAGUCAACAUCACAGCCUCGGAUUUAGAUUCCGAACCCAACGCUGGCCCAUAUGUCUUUGAGCUGCCCUCUUUCCCCUCUUCUGCCCGCCGUAACUGGACCAUUUCACGCCUCAAUGGUAAUUAUGCCCAGUUGAAACUGCGGAUCCCGUACCUGGAGGCAGGCAUGUACAGAGUUCCCAUUUUAGUUUCCGACUCAGGAAACCCUCCCCUGUCCAACACCUCUGUCUUGAAGGUGAAGGUAUGUCCCUGUGAUGAAAACGGAGACUGUACUGUGAUCGGGGCAGUGACUGUGGCCGGCCUGGGAACUGGAGCCAUCAUCACCAUCCUCAUCUGUAUCAUUAUACUGCUCAGUAUGGUUCUGUUCUUUGUGGUGUGGGUGAAGCGAAGGGAGAAGGAGCGUCAGACAAAACCCUUAUUGAUCGACCCUGAGGAUGACGUCAGAGAUAAUAUUCUGAAGUAUGAUGAAGAGGGGGGAGGAGAGGAAGAUCAGGACUAUGAUCUGAGUCAGCUGCAGCAGCCCGAGUCUCUAGAUCACAUAAUGAGCAAGCCUGCAGGUGUGCGGAGAGUGGACGAGAGACCCGUUAUCCUAGAAUCUCAGUACCCGGUCCGGCCCACGAUACCACACCCAGGGGACAUCGGGGAGUUCAUCAUUGACGGUCUGCGUGCGGCAGAUAAUGACCCCACUGCUCCUCCCUACGACUCCCUGCUGGUGUUUGACUACGAGGGCAGCGGCUCCACAGCGGGCUCCGUUAGCUCCCUGGACUCCUCCAGCUCUGGAGAACAGGACUACGACUACCUCAAUGACUGGGGUCCUCGCUUCAAAAAGCUGGCAGACCUCUACGGAGGAGGGGGAGAGGACUGAAGGUGGGAACUAGAGGAAGACGGAGGGGAACGGAGAGGGCCAGGAGGGACAAUUGGCUUCUCAGAUGUUUUAUUGAGAAGCCGUACGCCAAGCCUCCGACGUGGGCUGAUUAUCUCUCAACAAAAGUUCCUCUGCACGCUACGGAGGCAUCGAGAGGGGAGGAUAUUGCCCUGCAGCCUGCUCUGGACCUUUGCUGCAAUCCACAAGUAUUUUACGGCUUUUUACAAUAUUUCACGUUGUGAUUUCUUCAGUGUUGUUUUGUCAUUCCUCUCGGACCGCCUAGAGGCUCAAGAUGGAAUCGAGUUGCGACGGAGACAGCGAACUCUCGGCGUGCGGGAAUUAAAAAAAACGGGUGCACACGCUCGUUUUUCUGUUCGCUUUAUCACUAAAGAGAGUUCCACACACUUUUUCUCUCAACUUGAAUUUCAGUAGAACAGAAGCACUGUUGUUGAUAAAGUGCCUUUUGUGGUGUGUUUUGUAUCGGACUCCUGCAAUCUCAGGGUCGGUUGCCAUUUUGAAAAGUUUCUUCUGUUGGGCACACACUCCCCCGUUCCUGUCUGCUCCUCUCGACUACCUUUUGCUUUGCUUUCAUCCCUGCAUCAACGGUGCAGAACGCCUCUUUGACUACUAUGUGGAAAACAAACAAAGGAAACAGAGAAUGUUUUGUCAAGACUUUUGUUGAUAAACACAGGACUCAUUUUCUCUUAAGAAAUCUAAUUUUCCCUUGAGAA